AUGGGACGAAUCGACCGCACAGAAUUGGCUAAAGGGGGAUCGGCAAAAUGGAUUCUUGAGAGCAUUGAAAUUGAUAGUAUUGCUGAUGUGCCCGAUGAUGAUGGUGAUCAGCCAGGCUCCAUACCGAAAAACACAAAUCAAACAUCUUUUGAGAGGCAAAUAAGCAAUUUGAGGAAGAGAAAUGGAGUUCCUGGCAACAACUUCCCCAUUUUGACAAGGACACAAUCAGGUGCUGCUAGAGGGCUUAAUGGCUUACGAUUCCUCGACAGGAUUAACACAGGGAAGGAAAUGGAUGCAUGGAAAGCAAUCGAGAGACGUUUCUAUCAGAAUGGGGUUAAUGGGAGGAUUUUUAGAGACAAAUUUGGGGUGUGCAUUGGGAUGGCAGCAGAGAGUAAGGAAUUUGCGGGUGAAUUGUUUGAUACGUUGGCCAGGCGGAGGAUGAUCAACCCCGAAAAUGGUAUAGUCAAGGAGGAACUAAGAAAAUUUUGGGAAGAUAUCACAAAUCCAGACCUUGAUGCACGGCUACAUAUAUUUUUUGAAAUGUGUGACAAGAAUGGCGAUGGCAGGCUAUCAGAAGAUGAGGUCAAAGAGAUUCUAGUAAUGAGUGCCUCAGCAAAUAAGUUGUCCAACUUUAAGACUCAUGCUGCAACAUAUGCUGCUCUAAUCAUGGAAGAGCUCGAUCCUGACCACACGGGAUACAUAGAGAUGUGGCAACUAGAAACUUUACUAAAAGGGAUGGUGAGCUCAGAAGAUGGUAAAGAUAUUUCGAAGAGGACGCUAAUGCUGGCGAAGACCAUGAUUCCCAAAAGAUAUAGAACUCGAGUCAGCAAAUUUGUCCUAAAAAUCUCGGGGAAAAUACAUGAGAACUGGCAGAGAAUAUGGAUGGUCACGUUGUGGUUGAGUGUGAAUUUGGCACUCUUUGCUUAUAAAUUUCAUGAAUAUAGAAAAAAACCGACAUUCCAAGUGUUGGGAUAUUGUGUCUGCAUGGCUAAGGGUGCUGCUGAGACUCUGAAGUUUAACAUGGCUCUGAUACUCCUUCCAGUAUGCAGGAGAACUCUUACAACGCUACGGGAAACAUUCCUUGGUACUGUGAUCCCCUUCGAUGACAAUAUCAAUUUCCACAAAUUGAUUGCUGUAGCAAUUGCAGUAGGAACCUUUGUUCAUGUAGUGUUUCAUUUGAGUUGCAAUUUGGUGAGAUUAUCAAGUUGUCCAAGUGAUACAUUCAACGAUAUAUAUGGAAGUGUCUUUAACUACCACCAACCUACUUAUUUUGAGCUUACGCUUAGUACCCCUGGCGCAACCGGAAUUAUGAUGGUGUUUAUGAUGACUUUCUCCUUCACGCUAGCGUUGCAUUCAUUCAGGCGCAAUGUUGUAAAACUGCCACAUCCAUUCGACAAAUUGGCAGGGUUCAAUUCCUUCUGGUAUGCGCAUCAUCUACUGGCCAUUGUCUACAUCCUCUUGAUCUUACACGGCUACUUCUUGAUCUUCUCUAACGAAUGGUAUCGAAAGACGACAUGGAUGUAUCUGGCUGUCCCAAUGUUCAUAUAUGCCAGCGAAAGAAUUCUCACAAUGUAUGAUCACAAGUACCAGGUGGACAUAGAGAAGGCUGUUAUAUAUACAGGAAAUGUUCUAGCACUAUACAUGAGCAAACCUGUAGGAUUCAAGUACAAAAGUGGGAUGUACCUUUUUGUCAAAUGUCCUGAUAUAUCACCUUUUGAGUGGCAUCCAUUCUCCAUCACAUCUGCACCUGAUGAUCCCUAUCUCAGUGUCCACAUACGUGCACUGGGAGACUGGACUACGGAGCUCAAAAACACAUUUGAGAAGGCCUGUGAACCUCAAGAUGCACAAGCUAAAACGGGAAGCCUUGUAAGAUUGGAAACACGGGCGCGUUCUGGUACUCCUCAGCAAUCACAAGCAGGGUUCCCAACGAUCUUGAUCAAAGGACCUUAUGGAGCACCUGCACAAAAUUACAAGAAAUAUGACACCCUUCUUCUCAUUGGACUGGGGAUUGGAGCGACACCAUUCAUCAGCAUUAUAAAAGACAUUCUAAAUAAUAGAGUUGAAUUAGUAAAUGACUUACUAGCAAGAAAGAAAGGUCCUAAAAGAGCCUACUUUUACUGGUUAACACGCGAGCAAGGAUCUUUUGAAUGGUUCAAGGGAGUCAUGGAUGACUUAGCAGAGUAUGAUGAUCAUCAUGUCAUAGAAAUGCAUAACUACUUGACUAGUGUAUAUGAAGAAGGAGAUGCUCGAUCAGCAUUAAUCUCAAUGGUUCAGUCACUGCUGCAUGCCAAGAAUGGAGUUGAUGUUGUAUCAGAAAGUCGGAUUAAGACGCAUUUUGCAAGACCAAACUGGAGGAAAGUGUUCACUGAUUUGGCAACUCAAAAUCCAUCCGCACGGAUUGGAGUCUUCUACUGUGGAAGUUCAGCACUUACAAAGACACUCAAACAACUAUGCCAUAAACUAAGCUUAGAAACGACAACACGCUUCCAUUUUCACAAGGAAAACUUCUAG